AUGUAUAGAGAUCGAGUGGGAGGGGGGUCAUCGAAGGGAGGUGACAUGCUGGAUCGGAAGCGAAUCAACGAUGCGUUGGACAAGCACUUGGAGAAGUCUUCACCUUCCACCUCCAGGAACAAGCCCUCGACUGUCGCUGUACCCUCCGCCGCUGGGAAGCAUCUCGAUCAGCGUGACACUCGCUCCUCGUCCACCCUUGCCACCAACAAGAACAAGUUCUCUAACAAUGAAUCUGAAACAGAUAGUGAAGAAUCUGAUGUUAGUGGUUCAGAUGGGGAUGAUACAUCGUGGAUUUCGUGGUUUUGCAACUUGCGGGGAAACGAGUUAUUUUGUGAAGUUGAUGAUGAAUACAUUCAAGAUGAUUUCAACCUUUGUGGGUUGAGCAGUCAAGUUCCAUAUUAUGAUUAUGCACUUGACCUUAUUCUGGAUGUUGAAUCCUCCCAUGGUGACAUGUUUACUGAGGAACAGAAUGAGUUGAUUGAAUCAGCCGCUGAGAUGUUGUAUGGCCUUAUUCAUGUCCGAUAUAUUUUGACGAGCAAGGGAAUGGCUGCAAUGUUAGAGAAGUAUAAAAACUAUGAAUUUGGAAGAUGCCCAAGGGUUUACUGCUCUGGACAGCCUUGCCUUCCAGUUGGACAAUCAGACAUUCCACGUUCAAGUACUGUGAAGUUGUACUGUCCCAAGUGUGAAGAUAUUUACUACCCUCGAUCUAAGUACCAAGGCAAUAUUGAUGGAGCUUACUUUGGAACAACGUUCCCUCAUCUCUUCUUGAUGACUUACGGACACCUCAAGCAACAAAAACCCACACAGAGCUACGUCCCACGAGUAUUUGGCUUCAAGCUUCACAAGCCUUGA